AUGUCGGCACCAGUGGAGUUUGCAGCGUUCGAGCACGCGAAAGAAAACAUUGAGCCGACACGCGAAGGCCGUUCCGCAGCGUCGCUCGCAGCUGUGUUCGGCAACAACUCCUCGGACGCAGAACCUGAGCGACAAGAGUUCGAGCAGCGCAUCAAGGACUCGGACCUGGACGACGACCCGCUUCAAAUCUGGCUGGAUUACAUUAACUGGACCAAGGACCGGUAUCCGCAAGGUGCAACGUCUCAAUCUAAUCUUGUGCCUCUUUUGGAGCGGGCCACGGCCAAGUUUGUCAAUGUACCUCACUACAAGAACGACGUUCGAUAUGUGCGAACGUGGAUGACCUAUGUCAAGUAUGCAGACACACCUCGAGAAGUCUUUACCCAUCUCGCAUCCCUUGGUAUCGGCUCUCAGCUCGCUCUCUAUUACGAAGACUACGCCAGUUGGCUAGAAACCAACGGCUACAAAAACAAAGCUAAUGAAGUCUAUCAGGCUGGCCUUGACAACAAUGCACACCCCGUGGAACGACUACAACGCAGAUACCACCAGUUUUGUGAGCGGUGCGCCGCCAACCCUCCUGACCCAAGCGAAUCAACAUCCCCAGCAUUCCCAACAGUGAGACCUGCUCUAUCGUCGAAGUUUGGAGGAGCCCUCGCUUCUGGGGGAGCAGGGGGAGCAACAGAACCAGCUACUGCGGCCCCACGCAAAAAGAAGCUGUCUGUGUUUGUCGACGAAGAAAUUCCCGACACUAGUGCUUCAUCUGGACCUGGUUACCUCGGAACUAACGCUGUCAGACGUAAGGAAAAUGUCAUGCAGGCUACCCCGUGGGCCGGAGAAACCAUGCCAUCGUCCUCAGCGCUCAAGCCUGCACACCCUAAGCUUACCGUAUUCAGAGAGGUGCAGGUGCCCAAGUCUGAUAAAAAGAACGAGCGCAUCUCCAUCGACAUGGACCUGCUCUAUGAUGGAGGUAUCGAGUUCUGUCUCGAGGAAGUGUACGCAAAGUCGCGUGGUUUGUACGGGAAAAAAUACAACGCACGACCGGCCACCCCCAAGGCCAAGACGACCACAAUCAUGGUCAAGGAUUCUUCCCCCACUGGUCCUCGGCCAGCAACACCCACAAUGACCCUCCACACCAAGGGCGCCAUGGAUGACAUUUACGACAUGUUCAACCAGCCGCUUGGGGGUCAGAAGCACGACACCAAGCAACAAAAUGAUGAUGACAAUGACGACGACGACGACGACGACGACGACAUUAAAGACGACAGCGACUUAGACAAUGAGUCUGAUCAAGGUAUGCAUUCUUCUUAUUGA